UUUUAUGUGGUCUUUUGAGAAGAUUCACAGAAGCAUAGCACAUAUCUUCCAGGGGGAGCUGGUGGCCAGCUUCGAUGAAGAAUUCCGAAUUUUGUUUGCACAGUCAGAACCUCUUGUUCCUCCAGCCAAUGUUUUGGCAAAGGCAGAGAACACAUUUGCCAUGACUCCCUUUGGCAAUAACAUGCCUUUCUUUCAAAAAAAAGCACCCCUGAUGUUCCAGAGGGAUGACAGUCUUUUCCCCUCCUUUAUGGACAGAGUUGAUCCAGACAGGUACUUCCUGUCAAAUUUCAGGCGGGAUGACAUGUUGCGCCAUACUGUGGAGGGAUCGGCCAUGCGAAUGUAUAAAAAGGUAGAAAUGGAGAAUUCUCAGAUGGAUCCUGUCAGGGGUUUUCUCCGUUCUAAGCAGUUGGAGUUGGAUGCUUUUAAGAGACACAGUUUUGCAGAGGGAACAUUUGAAAAUUUUGCUUCUUCUAAACAGUAUGCCAGGCAGAUGUUCAUGAACAAUAUGGAUGAAUUUAAAAUCCAGUCUAGUCAUUUUCAGAAGGAUCAGUUCUACCAGUACCAGUUUGAACAUCCCCAUCUUUCUGGCAGACCUCAGGGACUCUUUGAGAGAAUUCGAGGUGGUAGGCCAGGAUUCAAUGAACUGGAAGACUAUGGAGAGGGGCCCAGAUACCCUGAACUUGAAUCCAAUUUUCCACAGGAGGGUUUCCCCUUAAGGCUGGAUUACGUACCUUCAAAUUCUUCCAGGGAAGUGAGACAUGGCUCUGAUCAGCUGAAUCCUGCAGGCAACGGCCCAAUGGGAAUGAUGUUAAGGCGGCAGAAUAUAGGACAGAAAUUUAUUUGCCAGACUUCUCCUACACAGAAACAAAGCCUGGAACAACACCUGUUCUUACAAGACAAAGAUGAGGACCAAGAUGAAGACAAGAACACACAGGAAAAUAGAACAGGUUUACGUAACUGGAGGAUUUCUUCAUACCUUAGUGCAUACCAGUCCGAACCAGAAGAAGGUCUUCCAAUGCCUAUGGAAUCAGAGGCAUAUAAUGAUGUUCUUGGGGAUAGCCUCACAAAGCACCCCACUGACCUCAUCCCAGCAUUCAGAUCCCCUAUUUCUUUUAAUAGUAAGUCACUGGGAAUUGAAAGUGCCAAAGAAUUUGCAGAUCCUGAUAGAGUAGGUGAAGAAACCCCUAUGAUGAAACAAGAUGCCUUUAGGUCCAGGAUAAAUCCUUUGAUCCAAAGGAGCUCAAGACUCAGGUCCUCUCUGAUUUUCAGUGCUGCCAAGUUAGAUCAGCCUAACACCACAAUAGAAAAGGUUCAGAUGAUCCAAAAAGAACAAAUGUCCAGUGAGUUGACAAAAGACAAUGAAACUAUAAAGACAGCCGCCUCAUCUAAAGUGGCAGAACUUUUAGAGAAGUACAAAGCUGUGGGCAAAGACACAGAGCGAGCUACAAUCACUCAUACCAAAGCUGUUUCCAGUUAUCUGCAGGAAGAAUCACAGAACACAGAGAAGAAAUGUAUGAAAUCUGUGCAGUAUAAGAUUCUGGAGAGUAGGGUACUUGACUCCAAAGACUCCUGCAGUACUUACAAAGUGCAUGGAGAGGCUGACAGACCAUUUGGAAUAGCCUCAUCAACCCCCCAGCUUGUUGACACAUUGAGUAAAGAUCCUUUAGCACAUAUUAGCACUAAGGUGGACAAAUUAUCAUCUCGGUUUUAUCCCAUAGAGAAUAAACCUGCUCUUCCAGAGAAGGAGAGUCUUGUAUUUGUAGGAGACACUCAGAAAUUGAGUCUUCCAGAGAAGAAGGAAAGAACUCAAAAAUUAGUCAAUACAGAACUGAAGAAACCACAGAUUAGGACAAGUACCACAUCAGUUCUUGAAAAUUUAUCUAGAAGUCAAGGAUCUGAUAGCUCUCUCAAUAAAUCUGAGGAAGACUGUUCAAAACAAGAACAAAAUCCAAUGGAAUUUUUAAGAAAAGGGUCACUACGGCUGAAGCAGCUUCUGAACCCAAAAGGUGACAAGAAAUUGGAGGAGGAACCCACUUCUGAGAGUGGAAAAUCUGACAAGCAGGCUGUGGUUCUCAAACGAUCUUCCACAGGGGAUUGUCAGGAUAUGAUGGAGGAAGAAAAAGCCCAUAAAUUUGCAACACCACUUCCUCCCAAAAGCAGCCAGCCAACACAGGGGAGAUUUCCUUCAUCCACAGCUAACAUCCUGUACAGCAGCAACCUCCGUGAUGAUACCAAGGUAAUUUUGGAACAAAUCUCUGCAAACAGUCAGAAGAACAGAGCUGAACUGGCCAAGCAACUACCAUCCACUAGUAAUCCUGAUCUUUCUAAGUCAACUACAAGCUUGGAAAGAAAAGGUGAGAAGGAGAAAAGCUGUAACAUCCACAGGUCAGAGAGUUUUGGGAGCCAGAAACGAAAUCUUCAGCGGCAACCAUCAGAGGAUAGAGAUACCCUUCUGAAAAAAAUGGAGAAUAUGCGGAAGGAGAAGCGAGUCUACAGUAGAUUUGAGGUCUUCUGCAAAAAGGAUGAACAUACAAGUCAAAGCGAAGAGGAAUAUGACACAGAUGCCAAAGACAAGAAGAUGGGAAAAUUCAUGCCCAAAAUCCUGGGGACCUUCAAGACCAAAAAAUGA